CAUGUAGGCCUAAGACAAGACCAAGAUGGAGGUCAGAACAUGUCGGGAUGAACCCGUCGAUCUCCGCCUGUUUUAAUUUCAUUAAAAUCGUCAUGCAGCUGCAAGGCCCUUGGCUUAAAUAAUAAUAAUAAUAAUAAUAAUGUAUUGGUACGGCACAUAAGGCUAGCUUGGACUUAUUACACUGUUAUUACUUUGAAGGGUUGAUUCGGCCUCUAUCAGCUAUUACUAUCAUCAUACUAAUCAUACCGUUAUUAUUAUUAUUAUUUAUAACAACAACAACAAUAAUAUAGGCCUACUGAACUGGAGCUUUAGUAGGCCUAUGUCAGCCAGACCAACACAUUAGUAGUCUUUGGUUACAAUCUGCCACUAACAAAUCUGUAUUUCUGUAGGCCUAAUUUCUUUCCCUCUCCAUUCUCCACACUUUUUGUAUGCAGACAAUUACAAUGAAUUGAUGGAAAAAAAAAUAGCAUUCCAGAAUGACGAGGACAUAUGGACCCCAAAGGAGGCACCAAAGAAGAGAGCCAGAAAGACCACAAAUGUAUUGAGUUCCUCGGAUGACACGGACCUUGAUGACAGUACACAAUUGUCAACGAACAAAACAAAGCAGAAAAAAAGGACAGAGGCCGCUAAUGCAGUGAUGGAAGGGUUGAAAGUGGCAUUGACUCGUCAGAGGUCUUCAUUGGAAGAGCACCCUAUGGAAGAUGACACUUCCGUAGAUAUGUUUGAUCAAGGGGAUGGCCAAGAGGCACCCCUGGAGCCAGAGGGCAUGCCAGAUGUGGUGGCCGCUCUCAAAGAGUUACCGACCUUAGUUCAGGCAGUCAAAGACCUAACUGCAACACUGCAGCAGAUGCUGCCACGCGGUUUCAGUACGGACAGCGACAGUGCCUCCAGCUCCUCCAGCACGGUGCCAGAGAAGGUCUCUCUGGGCAGCAUCACCGUGGACAAGGUGUGCUACAGCCGGCUGAACAGGAGCAGAAUGGCAUUGUUCGCCCAGGACCUGGCUGUCCUUGUUUUUGGGCGCGAGGCUCUCGGGCAGUCUAGCCUAACUGGCCUGGGGCGCGAAAAAGAGGCUUUGGACUCCCCAAAAUUGAACGCUGUGAUUGAUCAUGUGAUUCAGGAGUUUCCGGGGACUCCUGUGUCUGCCGUCCGGGCAGUGAUCCGGAGAAAAUGCAACAACGAGCAUUUUAACAGAAAAAAAUGAUUCAUUCCAUGUAAAUAAUUUCUUUUUGUUAGAAUGCUCAUAGGUUGUGGUUGGGGUUAUGUUUGUUGUUAGUUAACCCCACAUAGAGCAUAUGAGAAUUACACGUUUAUAGGCUAAUACUUGACAGGCAAUCAGUGGCGCACUGCGCCGAGGCGCCAUUUAUUUUUA